AUGCACGUGCCCGACCCGAAGAGCAAGGGGCGCAGCGCCCCACCGGCCCCCGGCGCGGCUGGACGCGAGCCGAAGUCUCCCAUCCCGAAGUCGCCCGGGAUCCGCCUCGCCUUCUGCCUCGGCGCAGCCGCUUACCCGGGAACAGCGCAGCCGCAGCGCAGCUUCACACGGCACGCGGAGGCGCCUCGAACUCCCAGCCCCCGCGUGGCGCCGAGGAGCCUCCCUGACACGCGAGGAGCCGCGCGCGCGCGCCGCCUCAGAGUUCCCGCCCCUCCUCCUCCUCCUCGGCUUCGAUCCCGCCCGCUCACUCGCUCACGGCCUCCCACGAAGGGGUGUCGAUUUUCUCAGCUGGCAGGUGGUGUGCGGGACACGCGGAAAACUGCGCUCGAGUCAAUUCUGGGGCACGCGCGCGAGCGAGCGCGCGGGUAAAUAAGAGCGAGGCGUUCCCCUUCCCCGCCAGUUACCGUGAGAUUGUGAGCAGGGCGGGUAGAAACCCCUCACCCCUCCUCCUUCUAUGUUCACAGUCAAAAAUCGUGUUACCCGACGGACAGAACGUGCGCACGCACCCAUGUGACGUCGCCGGCGCGCCUCGAGCGGCGCACGCGCCGUGCGGGCCCGCGCACCUCCUCCUCCUACUCGCCUGCAGGCUGUCACGUGCCCGCGGCUCGCCUCUCUCUCCUCUGCCCCCUCCCUCCCGUCCUGUUCCCUUUCGCGCUUGCCCGGCGAAGCUGCGCCUGAGGUAGCUCGCGGCUACGGGAAUGAACUUCCGCGCCUUUUUCCCCGCUCCUCCCCUUUCAACUGUCGUCCCAAAAACGCACACGCUCCCUGACGAGCGGAGGUCGGUUGUUUUACGCUGCUCGUGCUUCUGAGGCCCUCCCUGGAGCCCUGCCCCCCCCCCACCUCGGACGUUCACUCGAGGCUCUUGGGAGCACAGCGUACCCGGCCCGCCGCUGCCCACGACGCAGGGCUCGGCCCUUCCUGCCCUCCGCUCCAGUAGAGGGUUUGCACUAUGGUGGGCGCCCUCGGUCUUUGCGGCAGCCUCUCACGGGUCGCCGUGGGAAGGCGCGCGUGUCGGGCUCCCUCGGAAGAAUCUGAGGAGGGACGCCGAGCUGAGGCCAGUUAGUCGCGGCGGCCGGCGGACGAACCGCCCCGCAUUUCUGGCUGCGCGCUUCCUGCUCCUCUCGCUAAGGCAGGGCUGCUCUUUGUUCGUGGCGCGUGAAAGCCACGCGAGGAUUUCCCUUGCCCGCCCGCCAAGGCGCUCGUGCUCUGAAUGAAGGGCGCCUCGUCGUGCCCACGCAAGUCCUGCAUCUCUGAAGGAUCUCCUCGAACCGGUUCAGAUGCUGCCUGCCUUCCUUCCUUUUUAUUUAUUUAUUCCGUUUCUUACCCGCCCUUCACGAUAACGCCUCAGGGCGGGUUGCAGCACCCACGGACUUGAACGAGCUCUAUUGUCCAUAAAGUUCCAGUUCUUCGAUAUCCAGAAACGAAAACCUCUUUGCAAUCCCGUUAUCUUUUUCGCCUCAGAGCAUAAAGGGCACCCAGAUAUUAGCCAGGAAACAAUGAAUGUUAAAGAGAAGAGGCAUUACAUGUUCCUUGCAGUAUUUAUUUAUUUAAAAUAAAUCUUCCCUAGUUUUUUUAAUGGUGUGAUGAUUUUAUUAUUGUUUGCUUUUUUGUUUUUGUUUUACUGUCAUCAGUUGCCUGGUGCAUAUUAACAUGAAAAGGCAAAUUUAAUCAUAAAUAAAAAUAUAGAUACCAAAUACUAACCCGGUUGCUACAUUCUAGGCCAAUUUAAUUUUCCAAGCUGCCCUCAAGAGCAUCCCCAAAUAGAGCAUAGUGCAGUGGUCAAGAUUUUAGACCUCUUUCCAGGAAGCUGGUAUAUCAGCCAAAAUUGAUAGAAUGUGCUCCUGACUAGCCUUCGCAUGGCCAUCUAGGAGAGGGCCUUGAUUUGGGGAGGUGUGACCCCCACCCAGUGUAGGGCAACCAAAAUGAUCAAGGGACUAGGAACCAAGCCUUAUAAGGAAGAGUUGAAGGAGCUGGAUAUGUUAAGCCUGGAGAAGAUACUGAGAGGAGAUAGCCAUCUUCAUCUCAAGGGCUGUCACAUGGAAGAGGAAACAAACUUGUUUUCUCCUGCUUUGUAGGGUAGGACUCAAACCAAUGGCUUCAAGUUAUAAGAAAGGAGAUUCCAACUAAACAUCAGGAAGAUGACAGUAAGAGCUGUUUGACAGUGAAACAGUCUCCCUUUGGAGGUGUGGACUAUCCUUCCUUGGAGGUUUUUUUGCAGAAGGUUGGAUAGCCAUCUGUCAUGGGUGCUUUCUAUAGCUGAGAUUCCUGCACUGCAGGGGGGUGAAUUAGAUGACUCUCAGGGUUCCUCCCAAUCCUACAAUUCUAUGAUUCUAAGUGUACUAGCUAAGGGGUCAUGGAUAUGAAGAAUGUGUAGUCAGAUCCAGGCGACAGUCCUAGAAGAUCUGCAGCAGAAUGUUUGGCCCCCAGUGACACUAGACCCCCUUUUCAGAUUAAUUGCUUCAGAGUAUCUGCUGUAUGCCCCCCCCCCCAGGACUUGCUGAUCAGAAGGUUGGCGGUUCGAAUCCCCGUGAUGGGGUGAGCUCCUGUUGCUUGGUCCCUGCUCCUGCCAACCUAGCAGUUUGAAAGCACGUCAAAGUGCAAGUAGAUAAAUAGGCAGAAAGAUAAACGGCGUUUCCGUGUGCUGCUCUGGUUCGCCAGAAGCGGCUUAGUCAUGCUGGCUACAUGACCCGGAAGCUGUACGCCAGCUCCCUCGGCCAAUAAAGCGAGAUGAGUGCUGCAACCCCAGUCGGUCACAACUGGACCUAAUGGUCAGGGGUCCCUUUACCUUUUUAUCUGGUGUAUCCCCCCCCCUUUGAUUCUUCAGAAUUGCAAAAAAACAGAAACCUCUGCACAAGCAAGCCACAUAAAUUUUUUUAAUGUGGUUUGCUUGUGCAGUUCUCUGGUUUUGUGCAAAUCUCAGGGAUCUAUCUUUUAGGAUUGCUCAGGAAAAUGUUACGAACAUGGAUGGAAAUAAGCUGAAAACAUUGAGGAAGUACUGGGUGGGGAAAGAGGAAUAACCAAAAGUACAAUUGAUUCACCUACCCCAAAAUACUAAAAUCAUCUGUGUCCCCAAGUGGGGUGACCUGGAGCCCAAUUUAUUGGAUUAUCCUUGUAUUGGCUAAACUUGGAAUUCAAGGAAGCAUCAGGAUUAGUAUUGUUUGAGGGUGGCAUGUGGAUUAUGGAAAUUAAAUGGGAAUGCAAAUCCUCCUAAUUGAGCUACCACCUAAACCCAAGGCAUCUUCCCCUGAGGAUGGAGUUGGAUCCCUAAGUCAUGACAAGCUGUCUUGAAAAAGUGUCCAGGAAAUAGAUUUUGAAUCUGAAAUGCACAAUUGUGUCUUGAACAUGCACUCCAAUAUUCAUUCCAUUAUCUGAUUUGCAUUGUGUUUUGCACACUUGCUGGUUUAAAAAUGGAAGGUAUGGAUCAAGUUGAAUGUUUCCUGAGCAGGCAUGCCACCUUCCAUUCUCAUGUUUCACUCAUCAAGAGAUCUAUCACGUUGCUGUUAUAUGAGAACAAGUAAGGAUGUUCAGUUUUCUGGCAACUAUAGCUUCCCAAAUUAAUUUUGUGAACUUAAGGAAGCCUCCAAUCCUGGAAUCUUAGGCACUUUGGAAUCUGGUCUACAUACACUAAUCAUGGAAAUCUACCAUUUUUAUGCUGAAUCUAAAAAAGUUUUUGAGUUGCAAUCCUUGAAUAAAUCCUUUUGAGCACAGUGAAACUUAACAACAUGCAUAAGAUUGUGCAUAUUAUGGACUUUUCUAUUUCAUUUGCUUCUAGCAUUUUUAUUUGUGGCCAUUUGGAGUACACGAUAAAUUACUUGUUGCCAUUUAGAAAACUUCCCGCAGUUUAGAAAUACGCUGUUUGUAACACACCAAGCCAAAACCCAUAGUUUAAUAAACUAGGAUAUGUACGAUUGACAUGCACCCGUAUACAGCCUCCCAUCCUGCUGCUGCACUCCCUUUACGUUAGUAACAAAACAAGGAUUCAACACCUAACCAAGUUUCCCAUUAUUUAGACCUAGAAAAUACGGCUUCAAAACAAGCUACGAUAGUCUUAUCCUGUCUUAUUUUGGUGCUCAAAUGAAGACAGGAGCAUAGCAGCAAGAAAAGAGCUGCCUGCAGGUGUGCACCACUAGUGCAAAUCCUGGAUCAAGUCAGGAUUUUUGGCUUAGUCUUACAAACACAGUGAAUAGGAGAGGCAGUACCAACUAAGAGACCUAAAAACACUUUUGAAGGCUUCUUGUCUCAGCAGUUGCAGAUGUGACAAUGUGUUCUCUUUAAAAAUAGUAUUCUCCUACAUGAGUGUUUUUCUCAUCUAUGCAGGGAGUUCAGUGUCUGUGACUUUGUCUGAGAGGCUGCCGAACUGCAAGAGUACACCACACUGGGGCAUGACUGGACGAUGGCCAGAUGUCAAUCUUCACCUCACAGGUUGUAUGGCUCAAGCUGUGUGUAGUCAGGAUAAAACCAUUUUGAAUACUUUAUGCACAUCCAAAUUAAACGUAUAGAAUGUAACAGUGGUUUUUAAACUCUGCCACACAUUUCUUAUCCUAGAUCAUGUACUUGUUUACAGUGUGUGUUAAUAUGAAUCUUCCCUUAGGUGGCUUACACUUCACCUUGUCCUAUCCUCAGGAUUUAAAACGUAUCACAUUGCUCUCCUUAAACUAAUCUAGCUGUAUAAAGAUAAAUUUUAUUUUUUUAAAAAUCAAUGCUUAGAUUCAUCCAAACAUCAACAGUGUGUAACUUUUAGUCAAGGUGUUUACUUUCUCUUCUCACCUUUGUGAUUUCUAAAGCUCAUGAAAUUCCAUGGCUGUACCCUUUUUAAGCUCUAUUAGAGUUCUAAAUCAAGACUUUAAAGAGUGUUUCAGCCUUUUUAAGUGACUCUCAAAUGUACACAAUAUCUCUUUCAAUAUCUAUGCAGUUUUCCCUCAUUUUAUUCAAUUGUAAACACCUUUGACAUAUUAAAGUAACUUUAAGAUAGCCAUAUUAACAAUUACAGCACUGUCUACCCCCAGAACUUUAAAAGUUGCUUUCAGUACUUUUUAAAUUGAAUUAGCAAUGUAGUUCCAGUGCUGUACAAGUAGAGUUCCUUUUUAAAAUAAAGGACUGGUUAGUCCAAAACGUUCUCAGGUGCCAAUUUUUUUAAAAAAAUCUGAACACCUGACUCAUUCACAGAGAGCCUGCAACUGUGUCCAUCUAAGUUAGUACACUGGAUCAAUAGUAGUUGAUAAAAAUACUAUUUUACUAAAAUACAUACAUUUCGCUUCCAGGACUCUCUUUACUGUAUGUCCCAUGGUCACUAAUGCUAAUGUAUACCAUGUAUGCAAACUCCUCCCCUACAGUGUCUAGACAAUGUGAUGCCUGCAACUUUUGCACUAGGCAGGCAACAUGCCUAUCACCAACCCCUUAUGAAGUCUCACACCUCUCAAAGGAUAUGUGGUUAUUCAAUCAUCAGGAAUCUAAACAGAAUGUUUAACAGUAAAGACAACAGAAUGAGACCCAAGCUAUAUGUUAUGCUAAGUAGUAUGAAGUUCUGCUCUGCCUGAAUGGAAUGUUCUUCGCAAGGUGUCCUUACAUUUGGACUGGCAGCUGAGGCUUGAGGCUAGCAGUGGCUUCCCCCACAUGCUCAUAGGAAGGGAAAACCAUAACACUCAUCCUCAGCUGAGGGAAGGCACUGGCAGAGUUCUUGCUUCUUUUGCUUGUAUUGCUAACAGAUAAUGGAAGGAAUAAGAAUCUCAGCUCAUCACAGCCACCUUCCCAUGAACAAUAAACUGCUUAGAAUAAGGUAAGCUUGAAAUGGCUCCUGUAGAGCAGGAAUGACAAGGGAGAAGGGAGUUUCUCUGGUCAUUCCUGCUAGUGAAGAUAGCUAGUGGAAGGGGCCCUUUGUGCAAUGAGGCACCUAUGGGCACAAUGGUCUUUCCCAUGGUGCUUCUGUGCCCCCCAACUCACAGCCCCUUAAUCAUGAGAUUGUGAGGGUAAUUCUUUCUCCAAUCCAAAGUACAAAGAGCUGAAGGAGGGCUGACAAGUGAUGCUCUUUCCAGCUCUGAGCUUCAUAAGGCACAAAUUCUACUAGUUCCAUCUUUUACCCAAAUCCCUCUAAAAAGUGAAGCAUGUGAUAUGUACAUGGUUUCUCUGUCUCUCAAGUGACCAGUGUGCGCGCUCCUACAGCACUUGCUAAAAUGGCCAUGGGCCUAAAAACAUGGGUGCCCCCCCCAAGUGUUUGAUGCAAGCAAAACUGAACUAUUUACAUAAUAAGGUAAAGGUAAAUGACCCCUGGACAGUUAAGCCCAGUCAAAGGUGCAGUGCCCAUCUCGCUUCAGGCCAAGGAAGCUGGCAUUUGUCCAUAGACCGCUUUCCAGGUAAUGUGGCCAGCAUGACUAAACUGCUUCUGGCACAACAGAACACCGUGACGGAAGCCAGAGCACACAGAAACGCCGUUUACCUUCCCGCCACAGUGGUACCUAUUUAUCUACUUGCACUGGCAUGCUUUCGAACUGCUAGGCUGGCAGAAGCUGAGAUAGAGCAACAGGAGCUCACUCCAUCGUGCAGAUUCGAACUGAUGACCUUUCGACGUAAUACAUAUCUUACCUCCGACAUUUUAUAUAGCUAUAUUCAAAAUUAAGCAGAGUAGUUGAGAGAAGAGAAUUUGCUAGAUAAGAGAAAAGCUGCCCUAAAUGUGUAGUGUGAUGGAUGUGAUUCUGAGGGGAAGGACCCUUACAUUAAACUUAAUUGCACAAAAGCAAAAUGUAACUGGAACUGUAGCAUGAAAGAAGGUAGGUGUUCUUUCAGAAGAUUCUUUGUUUUGAAUUUGCUAUUCAAGAGUAGGCUAUCAAAAGGAAUUCACAUUUAUUUGUAUGAUUUAUGAUUGGAAGAAUAAGUACUAAUUGUUAACUCUGCUUCAGUACUCCCUCCUGGCUUGAAGUUUCAAUCAUUAGCAAAACUACAAGAAUGAAUUGUAUAAAACUACAAAAUACCUUUACUUUACAUUUCAAAGCUGAGUUUCUAUAGAUUCUUUGCUGUCACUUACAAAAUGAAUUUGAAACAUCUUGCAAAUAACAAUUAUUGUUGAACAACCUGAUCAAACCUGUUUGAUUUACCUGCAGCAGCACAAAACAGUUUGCAUUUUUGCAACUAAAUUGGUAUCAGAAGUUUGGCAAGAGGAAGGAGGAACCAGCCAAAAGCAAUGAACAAAGAGUACACUGAUUGUUACCUAAAAAUAUGGCCUCCUUCAGACACAACCACAGGCAUGUGGAAGAUGCCAAACGUGUCAUGCUAUUUCAUGUGACUGCACCAUACAUGAGAAUACUUAAAUCCUGUGAGUUGAGCCAACUGCACAUCUCUCCCCCUGGCCCUCAUAUUGGUAAGGUGGCAAUCAGCUCUGCUCAUAUAGUUGAGGUAAUAACAAUCUGCAAAUACUCCACGGCAAUGUGGAGUAGUAUAGGGACCCAAUUCCCACUUGACAGAAUUAAGUUUGUCUUAUAAAUAAUUAUAUAGUGAGAUGACGGGACGUAUGUAUGCAUACAAACAUGCUUCUUUUUAGAGCAUAACCAUUCUUUUGAGUAAACUGGAAGAAGUCUAGGAAGAAUAGAUAUAGUCAGUCCUCUCUCUAGGUUGCAUACAUUUUAAAAAUGAUAGAAGAGAGGAAGGAUUGGCAAAUGAAAGUUUAGAGGAACAUAUAAAUUUGUAGUCUGAGGGCACGCUGGGAAAUGACACUCCCACUGAUUUUUAUUUAUUUUUUAAUUUAUAACUAAAGGUUAAAUUUUUGUUCCACUUUCCGAAGAGAACAUGUGACAAAGUCAUUCUGUUUUCUUACAAAACUAAUUAUAAUUAUAUAGCUCUAUAAUGAUAUAGAGCUAUAUCAUUAGUUAAUUUUGGCUCACCCAAAGAUUUUUACUAGGAAUUUAGUGUAUCCUUAAUCAGACCAUUCACAAAGAUCACCUAGCUUCAUAAAAUAGACACAAACCCCUCUAUUCAAAGUGGACCAUAUGACCUUCAAUCCAUGUAUGUAUUGAGGUUUUCUGAGAAAAUAGGGCAUGCAGGGCAAGCUGCAGUAUUAUUUUGAUUUUGCAAGUACAGUUGCUAAUGUAGGUGUUACUUUAUAGACCUGUCCUUGACUGCUGAAUGGGUGGCUUUUAAAUCAACAGAUGACAUGUUUACACCAACAGGUGCCAACAAAGGCAUCAUCCUGGUGUUUUGCCUUCCUGAAUCUAAUAGGAAGCUUGCACUUUUUAGUCCAAAGGGUGCCAGUUUGGGCAUGGGCUUCCACUGUGUGUCAAGGUGGCCAGGUUCCAUAUCAGUUUUCAUCUGCAGAACUGGAAGAGACACAUUUGUAGUUUUAGCCAUGCAUGGUACAUUUUUCCAGCUUCUCCCACUAGUUGUUGAAAUGUUACAAUUUGGGUCCUUUACUUCAGAGUCCGGCAUCAGAUUGAAAACACCCGAUUCAGAUGAAGGAUCUCUCAGGUUCCUAUCACCAUCAGUGAGAUCAUCGUCUUCCAACUGAAGCAGGAGUGGAGUUACAGAACCACUACACUCUUGCACAAAACAGAGGUCCUUAUAGCUCUCACCCAAUUUGCUAAACUGCAAGUGAAAGCCUGCUGCUGCAGCAGCCGAUUCCGUGCAGUUUCCCAUACCUUCCAGAGAAAACUCAGUGCUUGGGGAGUUGAGAAGUUUUGAUCUGUCUGGGGCCGCAUCAUUCAGCUGCUGAUUGAGGGAUACAAUUUCAUUCAGAAGUGAGGUGAGUGUUUCAUCAGUGCCAUCUUUCUUUAGGUCCAUUAAGUCACUUGCAUCCAGUGCUGGUUCAGGUAUUGCAGAGGCUACUUUUUGCAGUUCCAUUUCUACCCCGGAGUCCUUGAGUUCAUUAAUCUGUAGCUUCUGAAACGAAGAAUCCUUUGACUUUUGUCCCUCACCUCCCUUGUAUAUAUCUUUUAACCUAACCCGAUUUCCACUUAACUCUUCAAUGAAGAGUUUUGUUGCAAAUAAUUCUGGGGAUCCCUUCAUACUGGAUACAUUUACUAUUUGUGGGAAACAGUUUUCUUUUUCCCUAAGAAAAACUUGAGCUGUUCCAGUAGCAUCCCUCUGUUUUCUGGAAGAUGGUUCCGCAUUUUCUUCGGACUGAAAAUCAGUUGUUUCCUGCAAUACUAUCUGCGUGGAAGGUAAGCAUUUCUGGGAAUCUGUAUCCAGAGUUACAUAAGGUUUCUUAUUUAAAUCCAGGAGUAAAUUUGCAUUUUCUUCAGUAGCCAGUGACACCACAUUUACUAUUUGUAUUUCCUUUGUAUUUUCUUCAGCAGCCAGUGACAUCACAUUUACUAUCCUUGGCAUCAUUAAGGAGUCUUCAUUUUCUGUAAGUAAGCCCAAACAAAGAAAGGCCUGUUAGAAUACUGGUGAGAGAGGGAAUGGGGUUUAAAGAGCAACAUUUGGCAUUGCUAAAGCCUGGGGGGAUACUUGUAAGAUUCCCAAGCUCCCCCCCCCCGAACGUAUCAUGGAUCUGUCAAAAAAGAUCCACCCAGUUUCAAAGGGGCUUGUUAAAUAGCAUGUGAGGCUGCUGUUUGAAAAGUAAAAGCCCAAAAGCUUUUAUUCCAUCUGAAAAACAGAAAUGCUAACUAUAAGAGAUCAACUGCAAAAAGGAACAGAAGUGUCCUAUAUGAUGAUGAACCAAAACACAAAUGUGGUGUAGUGGUUAAGAGCCAGUGGUGUGUAGUGGUUAAGAGCGGUAGACUUGUAAUCUGGUGAACCGGGUUCGCAUCCCCGCUCCUCCACAUGCAGCUGCUGGGUGACCUUGGGCCAGUCACACUUCUCUGAAGUCUCUCAGCCCCACUCACCUCACAGAGUGUUUGUUGUGGGGGAGGAAGGGAAAGGAGAUUGUUAGCCGCUUUGAGACUCCUUAGAGUAGUGAUAAAGCGGGAUUUCAAAUCCAAACUCUUCUUCUUCCUCCAAGUGGCAAUUCACAAGCCACAAGAGCAGUGUGCAGAGCCACCUUAUAGGAAUCAGUAUAAUUCUGCCCUCCUGUCUCUCUCCCAGCCAAGCUGUUCACUCUAAGGAGAUGCCUUUCUGCACCUCCCCAGGAACAGCCAGCCGCCUGUUCUUCCUUAGUUUCCCGUGUGUAGCUCUAUGCCUUUCCUUUGAGUGAAAGGCUUGGGGUAGGAUGCUGUAUGCCUGGCAACAUGAUGGCGGCCCCAAGCUGCCUUUUAUGGGAUGGCUCCACACACUUCUGCAAGCAAAACUAGACUUUGACUGUUUAUUAUUAGUGUGGGGGAAGGAGCUGCUACACUCAGGUACACAUCAGAUCUAUGCUUCCCAGAAUGCCCUGGGGAUUUUGGUUUCACUUUGUAUAAAAAUUGCCUCCUUUCUGCAGCCUACCUGUGACACUGCUUCUGUUCUUGGAACAUAUCAAUGGUUUCGUAUGCCUGUUGGACAGGAUUACCGGUUUUGUCUCUCUAGAAAGAGAAAAGGGGCUGUUUUCCAUAGUGGAACUAGUAGUUCUCGCUGUUUUAAUGAUUUCCACCAUAUCUUGCUGGUUCUGGUUCUCCUGUUUUUCUAGUGCCUUCUGCUUUGUAAAAAUGUAUUCUAGCUUCUUCAAGAUCGCUUCCUGUGACUUGCCUACAGAGAAAACAAAGAGUUGGAUAUCCCUCACUUUGCAAUUCAAAGGAACAAAAACACACAUUAGCUUAAAAUACAGUAUUUCAUAGUGCAAGAUUAGUACCAUUUCCAACACACAUGGCUCGCAAGGAUAUAGUUAGCAAGCAGAACAUCUUUAAUACCAUUUGCGUCUUUGAAAGUAUAAUCCUUCGAAUCCUACAUGAACAAUUCAUCCCAACCACUUUGAAACAUCCUAGUAUUCUCCUAUGCUAGAAUUUCUUUCUUCAUCUACAUGUUUUGUUUUGUUUAUUUUUUUAAGAAAACCUGCCCAUGAAGUCAUCUCACCUGAGAGUGCAGACACUUUACAAAUCAGGGUGUUGCGCUUGCACAACAGGAACUUCUUGUGGCUUGUCAAUUGGUCUGCCUGAUCUCUUAGCCUCUGGAUAUCUUCAGUGGCCUGGAAAGGGAUGAAGAGGUCAUUUUUACAUUCCAGAGCAAUACGGGGGGGGACGGGACGGACAGCUUCUCUUCUCUACUCUCAAAGCAUCCUAAAAACAAAGCAAUGACAGAAACUUUGCAGACAUGUUAGCGAAUCAGCUGCAUUAAAAAAUUAGGGCCUUUGUGUAUAUUAGGAUAGCAAGUUUCAGCUGGGGACAGAGGAGACAAGGCAAAAAAUGCUAUUGGUGGAAAUAAUUAUCUUGGCAAUUUGCCACUACAGUGGUGCCCCGCAAGACGAAUGCCUCGCAAGACGGAAAACUCGCUAGACGAAAGGGUUUUCCGUUUUUCGAUGCGCUUUGCAAGACGAAUUUCCCUAUGGGCUUGCUUCGCGUCUUGCAAGUUUGUUUCUUUUUUCGUAAAACCGUUAAUACCCAGGGUGCAUUGCUGGAAGAGGUGCAGUUGCGACUUGACUUCGAGGAGCAACACAUUGCAUGCGGUGUGGUAGCCUUUUCUGAGGUUUUUGAGGACUUUGCUGAUUUUGAAGCUUUUCCAAAACUUCUUUUGCAGCUGUUUGGUAAGUUAAACUUUUAAAACUUUUUUGGGGGUUUUUGGAUUUUGGGUUGGGGUGUUUGGAAUUCAAGGACUUGGUGUUGGGGAGAGGUUUGCAAGAAUCUGGGAGCUUGUGUGGUUUUUUCCUGCAUUUUUAUGAUUUUUUGUGACCAUUGGGCCAUGUUUUUUUUUUUUUUUUUUUUAAAUCUGGGUUUGAAUUUCUGUGUGGUGGGUGGCUGGGGGGACAGUUGAGGAGGGGUUUGCAAGAAUCUGGGAGCUUUUGUGGGUUUUUUUUGAAUUUUUAUGAUUUUCUGUGACCAUUGGGCCAUGUUGUGUUUUUUUUAAAAAAAAAAUUCUGGGUUUGAAUUUCUGUGUGGUGGGUGGCUGGGGGAACAGUUGUGGAGGGAUUUGCAAGAAUCUGGGAGCUUUUGUGGGUUUUCUUUUGAAUUUUUAUGAUUUUCUGUGACCAUUGGGCCAUGUUUUUUUUUAAAAAAAUUUUUCCUGAGUUUGAAUUUCUGUGUGAUGGGUGGCUGGGGAAGCAGUUGGGGAGGGGUUUGCAAGAAUCUGGGAGCUUUUGUGGUUUUUUUCUGCAUUUUUAUGAUUUUCUGUGACCAUUGGGCCAUGCUGUUUUUUUAAAAAAAAAUUUCUGAGUUUGAAUUUCUGUGUGGUGGGUGGCUGGGGGAACAGUUGGGGAGGGUUUGCAACAGUUGGGGAGGGGUUUGCAACAGUUGGGGAGGGGUUUGCAAUUUCUGUGUGGUGGGUGGGUGGCUGGGGGAACAGUUGAGGUUUUUGAAGACUUUGGUGAUUUUUAAAGCUUUUCCAAAACUUCUUUUGCAGCCAUUUGAGGAUUUUGAAGACUUUGGUGAUUUGCAGCCAUUUCGUAAGUUAAAGUUUUAAAACUUUUUUGGGGGGUUUUUGGAUUUUGGGUUGGGUGCUUGGAAUUCAAGGACUUGGUUCUGGGUUUGAAUUCCUGUGUGGUGGGUGGCUGGGUGCUUUUGAAUUUUUUGGGUGUGAAUCACUGAUUUUUUUUUUCUUUUUCUGAGUUUACGAAGCUAGGAGCUGUGCUGCCAUGGGACCCAAGAAGACUGCUGCUGCAGAGGCCGGCGAGAGGAAGAAGGAGAAGGUGACGCUGGAAAUGAAGAAGGAGAUCAUCCAGAAGCACGACGAUGGAAAGCGUGUGACAGACCUCGCCAGGGAGUACGGCAGGAACCCAUCGACCAUCGGCACCAUUCUGAAGAUGAGGGAGAAGAUCCUUGCGACUGAUGCAGCCAAGAGAGUCACCAGGAUCGUAAAGAACCACCCAGCUGUUCUGGAGGAGGUCGAGAAGUUGCUCCUCAUCUGGUUAGAAGAGAAGCAGCGUGCAGGGGACACAGUGACUGAGGCCGUGAUUUGUGAGAAGGCCAAGGCCUUGCACGCAGACCUCAUCCGGGAACAGCCAGGAACCUCAGGCGAGCCAGAAGUCUUCAAGGCAAGCAGAGGUUGGUUUGACCGGUUCAAGACGAGAUCUGGAAUCCACAGCAUGGUCAGGCAUGGGGAGGCUGCCAGUUCUGAUGUUCCUGUGGCUGAAGACUUUGCCUUGGAGUUCCUGGAGGUUGUGAAGACGGAGGGCUACGUUCCACAGCAGGUCUUCAACUGCGACGAGACCGGGCUGUUUUGGAAGAGGAUGCCCAAAAGGACUUUCAUCACUCAGGAGGAGGCCAAGUUGCCUGGCCACAAGCCCAUGAAGGACCGUCUGACCCUGCUCUUCUGUGCCAACACAAGCGGCGACCUGAAGAUCAAGCCCCUGCUGGUGUACCACUCGGAGAACCCACGGGCCUUCAAGAAACACAAGGUCGACAAGGAGCGGCUGAGUGUCAUGUGGCGAUCCAACAGCAAGGCUUGGGUCACACGUGUGCUGUUUGUGGACUGGGUCAAUCUUGCUUUUGGCCCUGCUGUCAAACAGUACCUGCUGGACAACGACCUGCCGCUGAAGGCUUUGCUUCUGAUGGACAAUGCUCCUGCUCAUCCUAAAGGCCUUGAGGAGGACUUGUUGGAGGAGUUCAGCUUCAUCAACAUCAUGUUCCUGCCGCCUAACACCACGCCACUGCUCCAGCCGAUGGAUCAGCAGGUCAUCGCCAAUUUCAAAAAACUCUACACCAAGGAGCUUUUCAGGCGAUGCUUCGAGGUGACUGAUUGCACCACCAUCACCCUGCGGGAAUUCUGGAAGGACCACUUCGACAUCGUCACCUGCUUGAAGAUGAUCACCACGGCCUGGAAAGGGAUCAGCCAGAGAAAUUUGAAUUGCGCUUGGCGCAGCCUGUGGCCGGACUGUGUGGCACCAAGUGACUCUGAUGCACCAGAGUCAACAGUGGUGCAGGACAUUGUUGCCUUAGGGAGGACCAUGGGCCUGGAGGUCACAGAGGAGGACGUCAGCGAGCUGGUGGAGGAGCACGACCACGAGCUGACCACCCAGGAGCUGGUUGAACUGCAGGCAGAGGCUGCGCAGGAGCAGGCCUCGCUGGAAGAGGAGGAAGCAACUGAGGAACGGCUGUCCUCCAAAGAACUGAGGGACAUUUGCCUGAAGUGGAAGGAUGUGCAGGCUUUUGCAGAGCGGAACCACCCUGAUAAGCACGUGACACAUGACCUUGCGAACACUUUUGAUACGAGGGUCAUGUCGUCUUUCAGGGAGGUGCUGAAAAGGCGGAUGAAGCAGCAGACCAUGGACAGGUUCUUAAGCAAGAAGCAAAGAGUGGAAGAGGAACCUUCUUCGAGUGGUCCCCCAGAGUCUUAGAAAAUGUAAUGUACACUUUGUUGAUUUUUAAAUGUUUUUUCUGUCAUGUUUAUAAACUUAAUUUAUUGUUCCUUCAAUUUUUGAAAUGCUCUUUACAGUAUGUGUGACUUUAAAGAGCACUUAAUAAACUCUUGUUGUACCAAAUUUGGCUUUGUUUGGACUUUUUUUGACCAUAGGAACGCAUUAAUUGGAUUUCAAUGCAUUCCUAUGGGAUUUCGUGCUUCGCAAGACGAAAAAUUCGCUAGACAAAAAAACUCGCGGAACGAAUUAAUUUCGUCUUGCGAGGCACCACUGUACAGUUAACUGGCUAAUGUACUCAGAGAAAGAAAAUUAAGCCAAAUGCAUUUGUCCAACAUGGAGCUGAGUUGCUGUGGCACAUUAGAAACCCCCACAAAAAAUAAUAAUUGUAUCUCUCUUUUUUUAUAUCUUUCAAUUUAAGAUUUUUCAUUUUGCUGCUGUUAAAAAUCAAGUUCUCCUCUUGAUGAAGAGGCAUUUCCUUCCACAUCAAGCUAAAUGAUGAACCAUGUACCUGCUCAAGGAGGAUGCGCUUGGCAAUGCUGGGAGUGCUCUGCAAUCCCAAGGCCCCCUGCAGUUUUUCAAAGAGUUCUUUCAUUUCCUUACGCCGACGCUGUUCAUCUGCUGUGUGUUUCGGGCGAUAAGAAGUCAUGCUUUGUGUCCAAUUCUUUGGUCCUCUUUUCCAGAGUCCAGACGGCUGUGGACAAGAAACAGCACUUUCACCAGACAGGGGGAAAAAUGCAGUGACUGGUAUAAAUACUUGGGAUUUUAUAUUAUCUCCCAAACCUGGGCUUCUGCAUGUCUCCACAAAGCUAGCCAGAUGCUGGAUGGGAAUGCAUGAAUAAGCUAAACAGCUGUUUGGUUUUGAAGGUGCAACACUGGAAAACAAAGGAGCCACACAGGCUACUGCGCAGCAGCUAGGAUUCUCACUUGGGUCACCAAGGGGAAUGCGGAGAAUGAAAAGAGCCUGACUACCAAUCCUGUCUCAUGGCACGCGCAUAAAACAAACAAUGCCCUUAAGUAAUUUAAAAAACAAAAACAACCCACUACCAGUCAAUGUAUAUUUCAGCUGGAAUACACACACCACAAAGACACAACAGUAGAAAAGAAAUGUAUAUUCACUUUAGGGGACGUUGCCAUCACUUUAUUUGAAGAGUCAUGAGCAAGAUGCCUAGAAGGAUUUAAAAAGAGAAGUUGUGUUUAGUUGCACAAGUCAAUCUGGCUCAGAUAAUAGCUUAACCUCAAUCAAAACUGCAAGAAAACUUUCUUUGUGCCAAACGGAUCAGGAAGUUGUGCUCUGGUCACACAGGAAAUGUCCCUGCUCUGUCCCCUCCUUCUGCUGUGCCCUUCUUGCUUUCUCACUCUGCUCUGCAUGCUACUCAGUCUCUUGAAGUAAACAAAUGAAUGAACCAAAGGUUGCCUGAAACAGCACAUCUUAGGCUCUUAGGACUCUCAAAAAUAUAAUUUGAACUAACAUACAAAUUAAAGAUGUCCUAUAUAGCCCCAAUAAGCUGAUAAUAUUUGUUAUUUUUUUAAAUUUAAUCUUUGAGUAUUAACAUUAGUGAUUAGGAAACAGCACAUCAGCCUAUUUGCAUAACUAGCCCAUGACUGGUACCAGGCUGAGGUUUUCUGAUCUCUUGAUUCUUUUAAGUGGAGAUGGCAAGAAUCUUUUUCAUACCAAGCAAGUGGUCUACCAUCAAAACAAGUUACCACGGAGUAACUUUAGCCUACAAGUGUGUACAUCCUUGUAUAAAGUCAUAGCAGGAAGGAAUUCCCACAUUACAAAUCAAGGUGCCCAGUCUGCUGUAUAGUUGCAGUUUCUUAUGAGACAUUAGAUUUCUUUUCUCAAUCAGUGAAUCCAGCCCUUCAGCUAUCUGCUUGAUUGCUCUGGGUUGGAAGAGGAAGGGCUCUGUAGAGGGGCCAAAAAGGGUUGAAUUUAAGCUGUGGUUGCAAAGCUUGAUGUUCUACAUUGUAUCCUUGAAAAGUGGUUCAGAGGGCAGGCCACCUUUCCAGCCGAAAUGGUUCCCCAGUCCUGUCCUAAAGGCUAUGAGCUAAGUAUAUUUUAAAAAGAGCUUCUGGGUGAUACAUCAUUGCAAAGUCUUACUGUGUGAACCAAAUAAACCACACAGCAGAGCCUUGGCCUGCAUUAAAAGUAACUAUAUCUGCUAGACAUAAUAAAAAAUAGCACUAUGCUAAAAAUCCAUUUGCUGGUGUGUCUUUGUUGUUGUUGUUGCUUAAAAAAAACUUGCUUACAACUGUCUGGGAAGUAGGGCAUGAGCUGCUGUAGUUUUCAGGUGAGAAAUAAUACUUUUCUUUGAAAACUCUUCAGGUUCAGUGUUCAUUUUCUUGUCACCUUGACUGGAGUCCCUUCCAUUCUGAAACAGAACAUUAAAAAGGCAGUUAAACUCAGUCCUGCAGAGAAGCUCCAGUCAGGUAAUGUUUCAUUUCAAACUCAGAAUGUGGUGUGUUUCUUCCAUGUGCUAGCAGAGAGGAGGCAACCAGCAAAGGCAGGUGUGUUCAUGGUAAACCAUUGGCUAUGGUAUAUUGUGACAUGGAAACUGGCCUAUUGCUCAAACAUUAAUGCUCAGGGUAUAACUGAAGAAUGGUAAUAAAGACCAUUGUUUUAAUGUAAAGUGGCAACAACUUGUUAAGGUGUAUAAUUAUUUAACUUUGGUGUUCUGAAGAUUAAGUAACAAAUUGAGUCUUACCAAUUGAGAAGUAUCACCUGCAGCUUCUUCAGGACAGUUAACAUGAUGUUCCUUGUUGUACAUUGCUGUAAUGCUAUAGGUGUGGUCUAACGAUACAGCAUCGGGAUGGAAGAUGGGAGAAUCACUGGAUAAUUGCUCUACAAUUUCGGCAUACUUUUUGACCAUCUCUGAAGUAGUAGCACUACUCUCACAUAUGAUACUUUCAGAAUGGAAAUCUGAAGGAUGUGCUGGCAACUUAUUUUCUUUUAAUUUGGUAUUGUAUAUUGUGAUUUCUGACUCUUUGGCCUCCACCGUUUUCAAAUGUGGUAUUUUUCCUUCCAGCUUGACAGAACUGCACUCUCCUUUCCAAUUGGUAUUCUUUACCUGGAGGGAUACAACAUGAUGGACAGUGGAGUUUGGAACGUUUUUCAGCUCUGGAAACUGAACUACUGUAGUUAGCCUAAUACCACAAAACAAAACUCAUCUAUGGCAUUUGUCAAGACUCCAUACACUCCAAUUUCUGACUGAGUCAUGAAAAUAUUUACACACUUUUUAACCACAGAGGAAGUUAAAUUCUCAACAACAGAUUUUUUGCAAUAAGUUCAAAUUCUGUGAGGAAAGCAAGUCUGGAUGGUAAAACUGGAGAAAUUAGUAUAAAGAGAAGUUAAAGAAAGGCAAACAGUAGAAAAUUUACGCACACACCUUGGACCCAAAGAUCCAAGGCAAGUGACGGCAGUAAUCUCAAUUGGUCACAGUGGUUCGCAAAUAAAUUGUGUUAUAGUAAAAACAUUUUGCUGCCAGAUUUGUUUUACAAAUUAAAGCAGUGUGGGAUGCUCACCAGUGUUUCAGUCUGGUGGUCAGAACUCCCAUCAAUAUCUUCCUCUGCAGAAUCAUCUGUUUUUUCACCAUUUCCUAUAUCAUCCUUGGUGAUACCAAAUGACAUAGGACCAUUUUUCCAAUAGUUGGUUUUAGAUGCAUUUUUUCCUAAGCAUUUAGCAACUGGAUUCUGGGAUGAUUUGCUCCAAGUUCUGUUGGGCUCAGCAAGGUCAUCCUUAAAAGCUUGAUUCUCUCCCCGUAAACCAGAAAGACCUUUUUUAUAGCAAGAAAUGUUACAGUUCUCCUGAACAUUAGCACUACUGUUAGGAAGAUAUUCUUGGGCACUAUCCACACACUUCUUUCCUGGUGUGUAAUUCUGGUCCCUUGUGCAGCAGAUCUCAAGCUCUCCUCUCUCUGUUUCCUUGACAUUUUCUAUUUUCAUGGAGUCACCCCUCUCUUUCCAGUGCCUCCUUAGCAGUUCAAAGUCAUGUUGAUUUUGCUGCCGAUUCUGAAGCAAUUUGGCCCUUUUCUGCCGCUGCUUUUCUGUAUGGCUCAUGCUUACAAUCCGCUGCAGUUUACCAAACAACGUUGGCUGUGUCUGCUUAGGUCCUUCCGAAUCAGUCAUGGGCAUUUGCAUUUGGGCAAUGUGUGUCUGCUCCCCAUUUGAACAUUUCAUAUGCGGAGCCUCUUCCUGACGUGUGGGGCUUUUCUGUAAUGUAUCACACACAGGAACGUCAGUUUGCAAACCAUCUUCAGCCUCAUCUGACAUACCUUCAAGGUACCUCACAUGCUGCUUCUCACUGCUCACAGUCACUUUCUUACUUGGCUUCCUGCAAACAUAUGAAUGGUCUGCCAAUAUCGCGUCUGAUGGAAUGUCAGGAUGCAAUAAAGGUUUCCCACUUAAUAAUUCUCCCCCUGCAUCCACGUCGUCUGGAGCAGUCUUUGUAGCAGUUGCACUUUUGUCAGGAAUAAACAUGUCCCCUUCUUCCUUCACCCGCAAUGGCAAAUCCGUAACAGACUGGUCUGGCUCUGCACUACAGACUGCUGAAGGAAAGAUAACAAGCAGCUUUAAUGCUCUAAUCAAUGGAAUAGCAGCGAGAAGAACCGAAACAAAUCCUGUGCUGUUCAUUUUACCUCUAGUAAAUAAUAAACUAGGC